AUGACUCUCCCAGCUACUCAAAAAGUUGCAUCCGCUUCUGAGAUUUCCGAAUCUCCCGAUAUUAUUCAAUACACCGAUGCGGAAACCCCUCAAAUCACCGGACCUCAUGACAUAAUUGUCAAGAACAAGUAUGCUGGUGUUAACUUCAUUGAAGCUUACUUCAGGAAAGGUAUCUAUCCAACCCAAUUCCCAUUAAUUUUCGGCAAAGAAGCCUCUGGUGUCGUUGCAGCUGUAGGCGAUGAGGUCUCGCAAUAUAAAGUCGGUGAUAAAGUGGCUUACAUGGGCCAAAAGGCUUAUGCUCAGUACACGAAACUCAGCGAUUCCUCCAUUCACAUCGUGAAGUUGGCCGACGACGCCACUGACGAGCAAAUGAGAUUGUGGGCUGCGGCCUUACUUCAAGGCCUCACUACCAUUGCAUUGGCACUGGAGUCAUAUGCUGUGAAGAGAGGCGAUCAUGUGCUAGUUUGGGCUGCUGCAGGCGGUGUUGGCCAAAUUCUCACUAAAUACGUCUCCCAUCUUGGAGCACAUGUGAUUGCUGUUGCCUCUUCGGACGAGAAGCUUGCCAUUGCAAAGGAUUUGGGUGCUGAGUUUUUAAUUAGAACAGAUGAAGAUGUUGCAGCCAAAGUCAAAGAGUACACCAACAACAAGGGUGUAGAGGCCGUCUACGAUUCUAUCGGAAAGGACACGUUCGAUACUUCUCUCCAGUCGCUUGCCAGAAAAGGCACCUUCGUCUCUUAUGGAAAUGCCAGUGGACCAGUCCCUCCAUUGUCCAUUAGUAUCUUGGCAGCCAAGAAUGCCAAAAUCUGCAGACCAACUUUGUACGGAUACAUCGCAACUCCUGAAGAGUGGAAGUCUCUUACCGAUACCUUAACGAAAUCUUUGGAUUCUGGCCUCUUCCAAAUCAAGUACACCACUUACCCAUUGUCGGAGUAUAGACAAGCUACCACCGAUUUGGAAGCUAGAAGAACCACUGGUAAGUUGAUUCUCGAGAUCCCACAGUAG